AUGUUCAAAAGGCACAAGUCCCUGGAACGCAAGAGGGAAUUUCUAUUCCAGGGACUUCCACAGUCCACAAUGAGGAAUAAUACAAGAAAUUUCCACUCCUUGUCACAACUUGUACUCUCAGCAGGCCCGCUAAAGACAACUCCAGCAGUCAAACGUUCAAAAACGACUCACUUUGAGAUUGAAAUACUGGACUCUCAUACAAGAAAACAGAUAUGUAUUCUGGAUAAGGUGACUCAAACAUCAACUAUUCAUGAUGUCAAACAAAAGCUUCACAAAGCAUGUCCAAAGUGGUACCCUUCUCGAGUUGGCCUACAAUUAGAAUGUGGUGGCCCUUUUUUGAAGGACUACAUCACCAUUCAAAGUGUCGCAGCUUCCUCAAUUAUCACACUCUAUUUUACAGACUUAGGUCAACAAGUCAGUUGGACCACAGUCUUUUUGGCGGAAUACUCGGGACCUCUGCUAAUAUACCUUCUCUUUUACUUGAGGUGCUCAUACGUUUAUGAUGUGAAAGAAAGCUCUAGGUGGCCCCGGCACCCUGUUGUACACUUGGCUUGCUUCUUCCAUUGCAUCCACUACAUCCGACACCUUCUGGAAACUUUAUUUGUUCACAAAGUUUCUGCAGGACACAGUCCUAUGAAAAACUUGAUGACGGGUUGUGCAUUUUAUUGGGGAUUCACUUCUUGGAUGGCUUAUUAUAUUAAUCACCCAAGAUAUACACCACCAUCAUUUGGAAAUGGGCAAAUAACAGUUUCUGCUAUCAACUUUUUGAUUUGUGAAGCUGGAAAUCAUUUCAUCAAUACAAUGUUGGCUCACCCCAAUCACACAGGUAGCAAUGCAUGUUUCCCAAGUCCAAAUUAUAACCCCUUUACAUGGAUGUUUUUCCUGGUUUCCUGUCCUAACUAUACUUAUGAGAUUGGAUCCUGGAUUAGUUUCACAGUUAUGACACAAACACUUCCAGUUGGUAUUUUUACAAUCUUAAUGAGUAUCCAGAUGUCUUUGUGGGCGAGAAAGAAGCAUAAGAUAUAUCGGAAGAAAUUUAACUCAUAUGUGCAUAGGAAAUCUGCCAUAAUUCCAUUCAUAUUAUAAGAAAAUGUAUUCUAAUUUGAGCAAGAUGAGCAGCAUCUAAAUUCACUCAGAAAGGCUGAGGAAAUGAUUAUCAUCUAUUAUAAUGUAAACAAGUUAUUAAAAACAAAAUUUUUAAAUAGAAAAUAAUGAUGGAAUUUAGCUAUAUUUCCAGUAAGACGUAGAGAUAUUAAAAAGUGAGGAGUUAAACUGGACAUGGCGACUCAUGCCUGAUUGACAGCACCCAAAGCUGAACCAAGAGGACAGCAUGAGCAUGAGUCCAUACAUGAAGGGCUCAUCUUACAAUUAAAAAUGAAAGGAUAUAAACAGAAGAUAUUAAUAUAAAAUAUUAAAAAACAUUGAAUUAUGUUCAUGGGCUUGAUAUUAAAAUAAGUAGUCUUAUUGCAUUAAUAUUCA